AAGCCUCUCUCUCUCUCUCUCUCUCUCUCUCUAAGAUCUCACCCUUUCUAAAAUCUCCAUCUUCUUUCAUCUUCCAAGACAAUUUAGGAGGAAGAAGACUUCUAAUUUUCUCCUUUCAUUUAUAAGAAAUAAGUAGAAAAGAGACCCACUUCUUGCUUUCUUGAUUUGGGUCUCUCUCUCUCUCUCUCUCUCUCUCUCUCUCUCUCUCUGUUUUUGGGUUUGAUGGGAUCUUUUGCUGAAACUGUUUUUGGGUUUUAAAGGGAGGAGGGUUUUGGUUUGGGGUUUGUUUUAAAGUUUUAAUCUUUAAUUUAUAGUGGUGGGAGAAUUCUUUUGAAACUUGUGAGGAUUUGGGCUUUUUUGGCUUUGAUUCCUUUUGAGUCUCUCUCUCUUGUUUUUGUUUUUGGGUUUUGAUGGGGUUUUCGAGGUGAAACUGUUUCUGGGUUUUGAAAAGAGGAAGGCUUUGGAUGUUUGAUUUUUUUACUUUUUAGUGUAUAUAUGGUGGUUGGGGAGUUCUGUGAGAAUUUUUGAGGAUUUUGGGGUGUUGGGUUUUGUUGAAAUGACAGUGGAAGAAAGGAGAGGAGGGAGGGAUGAUCCCUCGAGGGAUCAAUUUCCGAUUGGAAUGCGUGUUCUUGCUGUGGAUGAUGAUCCUACUUGCUUGAAAUUGUUGGAGACUUUGUUACGCCGAUGCGAUUACCAUGUUACUACGACGAACCAAGCUAUCAAGGCUCUGAAGCUGUUGAGAGAGAACAAAGACAAAUUCGAUCUGGUUAUCAGCGAUGUCCAUAUGCCAGACAUGGAUGGUUUUAAGCUUCUGGAACUCGUUGGGCUCGAAAUGGACUUGCCUGUCAUCAUGUUAUCUGCAAAUAGCGACCCUAAAGCCGUGAUGAAGGGGAUAACUCAUGGUGCUUGCGAUUAUUUACUGAAGCCUGUCCGGAUUGAAGAGCUGAAGAACAUCUGGCAACAUGUGGUCAGGAGGAAGAUUGAUUCCAAGGAUCACAAUAAUACUGGGCAGGGAGAUGAUGGGGAGAAGUCGCAUCGUGAAACGGGACCCAAUACAACAGGAUCAGCUGAUCCAAGUGGGAAACUCAACCGGAAACGGAAGGAUCAGAAUGAGGAGGAUGAUGAUGAGUGCGAUGAAAAUGGUAAUGGCAAUGAAGACUCCUCGUCCCAGAAAAAGCCUAGGGUGGUUUGGUCUGUUGAGCUGCAUCGGAAAUUCGUAGCUGCUGUUAAUCAGUUAGGCAUCGACAAGGCAGUUCCUAAGAGGAUUCUUGACCUUAUGAAUGUUGAAAGGCUCACAAGAGAGAAUGUUGCAAGCCAUCUUCAGAAAUAUAGGCUCUACCUGAAAAGGAUCAGUAACGUGGCAAGCCAACAGGCAAAUAUUGCUGCUGCUUUAGGUGGCAAGGAACUCUCCUAUUUGCAUAUGGGCUCUUUGGAUGGGCUUGGAGGCUUUCAUGCCAUGACUGGGUCUGGGCAGCUACCGAAAACUGCUCUUGCCUCUUUUCAAGGUGCAGGGGUGCUUGGUAGAUUAAACAGCCCGAACAGUUUGGCCUUGCGUGGACUUCCUUCAUCCGGAAUGAUUCAACUUGGUCAUGCCCACAAUUCAGGCAGUUCUAUCAAUGAUUUCGGGAAGUUGCAGCGGGCUGCCUUUCCCGGAAGCCAGCAUGGAAAUUUACUUCAGGGGAUGCCGCAUUCACUAGAACUCGAUCAACUGCAACAAAACAAGUCCGUUUCUCGCCUAGGAGACUUAUCAACUCCUGUUGAUAAUUCAAGGGUCUUUCCGAUUGUUCAUCAACAAAUGACUGGUGUUGGUGGUUUUUCCGACACUGGAACGGCUGCCAGUAUCUGUAGCAAUUCCUUUCUCAACAACCCAAACAACCCCUUGUUACAAGGACAUCAGCAGCGGGCACUAUGUGGGGGUCUGGGAAAUCAAUCAUCUGUAAGAAUGGGGCCAUUGAAUCCAGAACAGUUUGAUCUCAGUGGUGGGGUUUCUACCCAUCUGCCCGAUCAUGGUAGAUGUAGUGACACCUGGAAAACCGCUGCUCAAUUGACUGGGUAUUCAUCAAAUGCUUUGCCUAUGCGUGGUGGCCCUUUCGGUCACGAUGAUUUGUCUUCGGGUAACUCGAGGGAUAAUCUUUCAUCCAUAGCCUCACAUGCUGACAUCAAUCUCCUAAAUAUUUCUGCCACCAGUGUUGCCACAGCACCUCUACAUGAUUCAUUGACAGGAAGAGAUCCGCAUUGCCAAGCUAGCUCUGUUGGCUUUAAUGUUGGGUCUACGCUCGGGGAGAUUGAUGGAAAUUCAAAGUUCUCGAAUUUCGGAACCAUGAGCAAUAGUGUUGGGCAGAAUACAAGUUAUGCUCAAAAGUUGGAAGACCAUAAACGGGAUUACGUCAACAACCAAAAUCUUGUCUUCGAUUCUUCUUUAAACUCUUUGUUGCCUGAUCAUGGUAUUAUGGGCUCCAUGGGCCAAGAUGUGGGGCAAAGCAAUGGUGUCUGUAAUAGAAACAUGGAUAUGACAUUGAUGGGCCAAUCAAAUUCUGGUGCUUCAUUUAACAUGCAGAACGGUGAUAUUGGGAAGUUGACUACAGACAGCUCGAUGAAUUUGAAGGAAGAUUACUUUAUGGAGAAUGCGAAGUUGCAGGGAGGUUUCAAUCCUAAUAAUUGUGGUUCAUUUGACGAUCUAAUGAGUGCCAUAAUAAAACGGGAGCGAGAUGAGGUUGCUUUGAUUGAUGGAGACAUUGGGUAUGAUGUCUUUCCACUUGGAACGUGCAUGUGAGGUUUUUUUUUUAUCGCAGAUGACUUCCAUUGCUGGGUUCAUGGACUCCUAGAGGGGGUUUGUACCAUCAUGUAUUUGCUUUAUCUGUUUAUGUCAUGUGUGCCAAAUCCUAAUCCAACACACCCAUUGCUUCAUGUUCAUUAGAUUGCUUGUUCGAUUUUCUUUUUUGUGUCCAUAAUUUUUGCGACGAAUGGAGCGAUGACAUAAGAAUCAACAGCAUUUAAAAGAUUGUCGAUCUUCA